ACUAAAACUAAUAUGCCGAAGAGACGGCAACCGUCGAGUUUGAAACAGUUGUGCAUUUCUGACAUUGCUUGGACUUUUGAACGAAUUUGGUGGAGAGAUUAUUUUGAUAAUUUUGGAGACAUGCAGUGUUUACAUGUUUUGGGACCCUUCGAUGCGCUUCCAUCUGGAAUGGUGGAAGAAAUCAUGAAGGUGAUGGAGACAAAUGGUCAACUACAAGGGAAAUACUUGCAGAUCCUCUUCACUGACAGACUUCGUCAUUUGCAUCUAAAGGGGACCAUAAUUACAAACCAAAUAGUAAAACUUCUUGCUCAGAGGGCACGGAAAUUAGAAACUUUGCAUCUGAAGUAUGCCAACAAAAUUUCCAAGAACCUGUUGGUUAAUUUAGUGGAGAAUCUGCCAGCUAUUAAAGAGCUCAACCUCACAGACACAAAGUGUGAUGACAACAUGCUCCAAAUUAUCAGUUUGAAUUGUCCUCAUUUGGUCACACUUUCUGUGAUGAAUUGUCAUGGUGUAACAGACAGAGGUGUUCAGUCAAUUUGCUCCGGACAAACCCGGAAAUUGCAGAAUAUUUCCCUUCAAGAUUCCGGUGCUACUGAACAAUCAGUCAUUCAGUUGCUAAGAACUUUACCUGAGCUGAAGGAAGUGGAGAUAGACAAUAAUAUAAGUGGACUUGUGCAGGUUAUUGAGGAGGACAUUGUGAAUGGGAAGAUGGACAGUAAAUAUGGCAUCCGGAAAAUCCACUGGGACACCUCCGUGCCUCUUUCCACACACCUUUCCCUCAUUGUUGAUCAUUGUCCAUUUGUUACAGAUGUCACUUGCCAUGGCGUCAUUAGUGGAGACGUUUUAAAGAAAUUAUCAUGUAUCAAGACCAUGAAAAAAUUGAACCUCUCUUAUGGUCAUGGAUAUGCUGGACAUCAUGAUUUGGGGGAGUUUGUUGAAUUCUUGCAGGAAGUAGGGAUUCAGAUCACAGAUUUGUUCCUGUCUGACACAAUGUUGAUGCCAGUUAGGGAAAUUGGGGUUUUCUGUUUGAAUUUGAAGGCUCUGACCAUGAUAUGCGACGGUAACCUUACUAGAGCAAGGGCUGUUCAGGCAAGUGAAGAACUCUUUCACCCUGACAGUUUUAAGAAAUUAGAAAUCAUCAAACUAUUUGACAAUAAUGUAAUCAGGUCAGAAGAUACCGUAACAUUUUUGUUAUGCCAAGCUGAAAACGUCAGGAUCUUAGAUGUACACAAAUGCAUGGCUUUCACAUCAGAAGGCCUGGAUGCUGCAUAUCAAAAACACGGAUUUAAACAGCUAGAAAGCUUAAAGUUAGACACUUGUCACAAUUUUGAUGAUAUUGACAUUUUGGAACUGAUGCUAGAAACUGAAAAUAAAUUAAGUGUUAUGCACUUAUGUUCAUGUUUUAAUAUCACCUUUGUACACAGUGAUGAACUCCAACUCGCCUUGCAGGAAGGUGAAAAUUGGGAUAUUGAAUAUCAUUGGGAAUAAUACAUUGUACAUGCAUAGAAUAUACAUGAAUUACCAUAGUACUAGAACAUAAGCAGAGUGUGCCAAUUUUUAUAAAAUUAUUUUUGUAUUUUGUAUUCAAUAAUUGUGAUUUUUAUGUAAUUUUUUGUAUCCUGAACUUCUAAAUGGUUACAUAGGAUUGUAUACGUGCCUGUAAAACAUUUUAUGUGACAGUUUAUGUAUAUCUACAUUUGAGUAUAUCCAAGAUCUCUUGUCUUAAUUAUUAUGAAUGUUGAACAAAAGCUAGUUAUAUUAUACAAUGCAUGUGUAUAAAGGUUGUUGAACAGUGAAGACUUUCUCUUUUAAUCAAAUUCUCUUUGAUAUUGAACAAAUUAACUACAUGUACAUUGUAUUGGAUACAUAUAAUUAUUAAACAUAUCCAAUAUGAUAUUUGCAUGAUUAUCAUUGUUGAGCAGUGAGGAAUUUAUUCUUUGGAAGGGAUUUGAAAGUAAAAGAUGUGAAGACGCUUA